AUGGGCUCACGGGGGCCGGCCGGCCUCCCGACAGUCAGACAGGGCCCCGGCCGAGCGGCCACCUGCGCGGUGGGCACCGCUGGCCCCCUUAAGGGCCCCGAGCCCUCCCGCGCCCCUCCUCCCGCGGCCGCGCCCCGACCCCCGGGGGCCCCCCCGCGCGCGGGCCCCUCCCGCGCCCCUCCUCCCGCGGCCGCGCCCCGACCCCCGGGGGCCCCCCCGCGCGGGCCCCUCCGCCCCGGGCCCUCCCUCCCGCGCCCCUCCUCCCGCGGCCGCGCCCCGACCCCCGGGGGCCCCCCCGCGCGCGGGCCCCUCCCGCGCCCCUCCUCCCGCGGCCGCGCCCCGACCCCCGGGGGCCCCCCCGCGCGGGCCCCUCCGCCCCGGGCCCUCCCUCCCGCGCCCCUCCUCCCGCGGCCGCGCCCCGACCCCCGGGGGCCCCCCCGCGCGGGCCCCUCCGCCCCGGGCCCUCCCUCCCGCGCCCCUCCUCCUGCGGCCGCGCCCCGUCCCCCGGGGCACCCCCGCCCCGGGCCCUCGCGCGCCCCUCCUCCCGCGGCCGCGCCCCGACCCCCGGGGGCCCCCCCGCGCGGGCCCCUCCGCCCCGGGCCCUCCCUCCCGCGCCCCUCCUCCUGCGGCCGCGCCCCGUCCCCCGGGGCACCCCCGCCCCGGGCCCUCGCGCGCCCCUCCUCCCGCGGCCGCGCCCCGACCCCCGGGAGCCCCCCCGCGCGGGCCCCUCCGCCCCGGGCCCUCCCGCGCCCCUCCUCCUGCGGCCGCGCCCCGUCCCCCGGGUCCCCCACGCCCCGGGCCCUCGCGCGCCCCUCCUCCCGCGGCCGCGCCCGGUCCCCCGGGUCCUCCCGGCUCCGCGCGCGGGCCCCUCCCGCGCCCCUCCUCCGGCGGCCGCGCCCCGACCCCCGGGAGCCCCCCCGCGCGGGCCCCUCCGCCCCGGGCCCUCCCGCGCCCCUCCUCCUGCGGCCGCGCCCCGUCCCCCGGGUCCCCCCCGCCCGGGGCCCUCGCGCGCCCCUCCUCCCGCGGCCGCGCCCGGUCCCCCGGGUCCUCCCCACUCCGCGCGCGGGCCCCUCCCGCGCCCCUCCUCCCGCGGCCGCGCCCCGUCCCCCGGGAGCCCCCCGCGCGGGCCCCUCCGCCCCGGGCCCUCCCGCGCCCCGACCCCCGCGCGGGUCCCUCCCCCAGCACUCAGGGGCGGGCCCGGGUCUCGGGCAGCUUGGCGCGGCCUCCGGACACAGACGGCCCUCGAGUCCUUUCUGCGGCCCCGGGGAUGCGCCCCGCGGCUCCCCACCACCACGGGACAGGCUGCCAAGAAAAGCGGACGGCGACCCCCCCUUUUGCCCCAGAGCCGGUCCUGCCCCGAGCGCGCACCCGCCCCCCCAGCAGCUGAGGAGACCCCACUAA